AUGGGUAUACCUGUAUACCGGUUCCGUGUUGUACUAAUGGGCGACACUGGUGUAGGAAAGUCGUGUCUACACUGGCGCUACACUACAAGUGCCGCCGAUCAGCGUUUAGACACUGACCACCAGUCAGUAACUAAAACCAAUUGUUGCCACUAUCGGGUACGUACACUAGUAUUUCACGACAAACUGGUCACUAUGGAACUAUGGGACACACCAGGUUGCCGCCGAUAUCAUCAGCUAUUGAUGGCCAUGUACUAUACCAGGGCACCGGCAGCCGUUAUGGUUGUCUACGAUCUGACCAACUAUUCAAGCUAUCAGCGGGCCGUCGAAAUUGUCAAACAGUUACGCUCUGGUGAAACCACUACCGCCACCGACACCGCCGCCGUUGGUGAUGGUGGUAGUAGUGAUCAGGUAAUCGUAUUGGUGGGCAAUAAGCUUGAUUUGAUUGAAACCGCCGGCAGCUGCGGCAGUGGGCCUACCGGUGCUGCUGACACCAACACCGGUCGAUGGCUACGGGCUGUCAGCAGAGUAGAGGCACUGGAGUUUGCCAAACAAUAUCGUGCAGUUGUAAUGGAAACGUCCGGCAAGUGUGACAUCAAUUUGGACGAUCUGUUCGCAUGGAUGGCCAACCGUUUGGCCGAUAAUUGUGGCCAUAAAACUAUGGUAACUAUGGUAUGUCUACUACUCUAUUACUAUUAG